AUGACAAGAGGGCCCAGUGAAAGGGGGCCAAGUAAAGGGAGUCCGGAUGAUACCCUAGCCGGCAACUUUGGCUUCUCGUCGGUGGUGGCCCUAGGUGCGAGCAUAAUCUGUAACAAGAUCCCCGGUCUGGCCCCCAGACAACGGAUUAUCUGCCAGAGUCGCCCCGAUGCGAUUAUCGUCAUCGGAGAGGGAGCCCAAAUGGGCAUCAACGAGUGUCAGUUUCAGUUCAAAAACGGGCGCUGGAACUGCUCUGCGCUUGGAGAGAGGACAGUCUUCGGAAAAGAGUUGAAAGUGGGUAGCAAAGAGGCUGCAUUCACCUACGCCAUCAUUGCGGCAGGAGUGGCCCAUGCCAUUACUGCCGCCUGUACACAGGGCAACCUGAGUGACUGUAGCUGCGACAAGGAGAAGCAGGGUUUCUACAGUAAAGACCAAGGCUGGAAGUGGGGAGGCUGCUCGGCAGACAUCAGCUACGGCUUAGGCUUUUCAAAAGUAUUUAUCGAUGCUCGGGAGGUCAAACAGAAUGCAAGGACACUCAUGAACCUCCAUAAUAAUGAGGUCGGACGCAAGAUCCUGGAGAAGAACAUGCGACUAGAAUGCAAGUGUCAUGGUGUCUCAGGCUCCUGCACCACCAAAACCUGCUGGACUACACUUCCCAAGUUCCGCGAGCUUGGCUACAUUCUCAAGGAGAAGUAUGCCCAUGCGGUGCAUGUGGAACCAGUGAAAGCCAGCCGCAACAAGCGCCCUAAAUUCCUCAAGAUCAAGAAGCCUUACUCUUACCGGAAGCCCAUGGAUACAGACCUGGUGUACAUAGACAAGUCGCCUAACUACUGUGAGGCAGACGCUGUUACAGGGAGCUUGGGGACACAGGGCAGGGUGUGUAACAAGACUAUGAUGCAGCACAUCAGCGGCUGUGACUUGAUGUGCUGCGGUCGGGGAUACAACACACACCAGUACUCCCGCGUCUGGCAGUGCAACUGCAAGUUCCUGUGGUGCUGCUACGUUAAAUGCAACACCUGCAGCGAGAGGACAGAGGUGUACACAUGCAAAUGA